CCCAGCUCCAGCGCAGAGGAUAGCACCAGGUAGUUGGAAAGAGAUCGGAGACAAGUGUGGGAAGCCGUGGAGGACAUAAGCUUUUCCCCUGGUCUUUCAGCUAAGUAGCACCUCUGAGAUGAUGAGUUACUAUAUGGACACAACCAUCGGCAACACAGCCCCUUAUCCUUUGGCUCGCCCUGGAGUGAUGAAGCAAGGUGCCGCCGGCCCCUGCGAGGAUCCCUGGGUGACCUGCGGCUUUCAGUCUGCCUGCUGCCAGCCGAGGACGUGCUGCCCGCUCUGGGAUGAGCCUGCCACGCAAGAGGUGCCCACCGGCCUGGAGCACUACAGCACGGAUAUGGAAUGUGCGGAUGUGCCUUUAUUAACUCCCAGCAGCAAAGAAAUGAUGUCUCAGGCAUUGAAAGCCACCUUCAGCGGCUUCGCCAAAGAGCAACAGCGGCUGGGGAUCCCCAAAGAUCCCCAGCAGUGGACGGAGACGCACGUGCGGGACUGGGUGAUGUGGGCGGUGAACGAGUUUAGCCUGAAGGGAGUGGAUUUCCAGAAGUUUUGCAUGAAUGGAGCUGCCCUCUGCGCCCUGGGCAAGGAGUGCUUCCUGGAGCUAGCGCCUGACUUUGUGGGAGAUAUCCUCUGGGAACAUCUGGAGAUCCUGCAGAAAGAAGAGGUAAAACCGUACCCAGCAAACGGAGUGAAUACAACAUACCCAGAAUCCCGCUAUACUUCAGACUACUUCAUUAGUUAUGGCAUCGAGCACGCCCAGUGCGUGCCUCCCUCUGAGUUCUCCGAGCCCAGCUUCAUCACAGAGUCCUACCAGACCCUCCAUCCCAUCAGCUCGGAAGAGCUCCUGUCCCUCAAGUACGAGAACGAUUAUCCCUCGGUCAUCCUGCGUGACCCAGUGCAGACAGACUCCCUGCAGACAGACUACUUCACGAUCAAGCAAGAAGUAGUAACGCCAGAUAACAUGUGCAUGGGACGUGCCAGUCGAGGUAAGCUGGGUGGCCAGGACUCCUUCGAGAGCAUAGAGAGCUACGACAGCUGCGACCGCCUGACGCAGUCCUGGAGCAGCCAGUCCUCCUUCCAGAGCCUGCAGCGCGUCCCUUCCUACGACAGCUUUGACUCGGAGGACUACCCCGCCGCCCUGCCCAACCACAAGCCCAAGGGCACCUUCAAGGACUAUGUUCGAGAUCGGGCUGAUAUGAACAAGGACAAGCCUGUCAUUCCUGCUGCUGCCCUUGCUGGCUACACAGGCAGCGGACCCAUCCAACUGUGGCAAUUCCUGCUGGAACUGCUCACUGACAAGUCCUGUCAGUCCUUCAUCAGCUGGACGGGCGAUGGCUGGGAAUUCAAACUUUCCGACCCAGACGAGGUGGCCAGGCGAUGGGGCAAGAGGAAAAACAAACCCAAGAUGAACUACGAGAAGCUGAGCCGCGGGUUGCGUUACUACUACGACAAGAACAUCAUCCACAAGACGGCCGGGAAACGUUACGUCUACCGUUUCGUCUGCGACCUGCAGAGCCUGCUGGGCUACACGCCGGAGGAACUCCACGCCAUGCUGGACGUCAAACCAGAUGCCGAUGAGUGAAGGUGGCCAGCCGGGGCGGAGGAGCGCCCCGUGGCAUUUUGGAGAGUCGAUGGGACCUCUUUUCUGUUGGUUCUUUUUAAAUUUUUGCUGUUAUUUUUGUUGUUCGUUAUUUUUUUUUUUUUCUAUUUUAAAAAAAGAGCAACUCAGAUUUGAUACUUUCGAGGAUGUUGGGAGAGAGGGUGGCAGAAGCGUCAAACUUUUGACCAAAACCUAAAAAAGUUUGGUUCGGAGAAAGAUGGUUUUUUGUUUGUUUUUUUUUUUUUUUUUUUUAUCUGAAAGCUCCAAGACAGGCUUUUUUGGGGUAAAAUUCUGAGUUUUAAGAAAGCCAGAAAAAUGUAGCUCACUGAAAAAAAAAAAAAACAACCCCUCCCCAUCCCUUGCUGUUUAGAAAAAAUAUUAUCAAAAGGAUCCCUUUGGGUUUUGUGUUAUUCAUGCACAAAGUGACAGUUCAGGAAAUAACAGUGUUCCUGAGGAUUUGAGGAUUUUAAACUUUUUUGGGGGGCAGGGAGGGAAAACCAAAGUGGGUGAAUAUUCCUGCUUCGGGGAGGGGCAAUAUAGGAAAGAACCAAGAACUGUUUGUCGUUCUUGUUACAUCGCCUUUCUGUCGGUUGUCUUCUUUUCUACAAAAGAGAGAAUUUUUGCUAUAGGAGGGAUCAAGACUUUUUUUUUUUUUUUUAAUUUGUUAAAGUUUUAUUUUAUUAAAUUUUGUGCCAGUAUUUUUUUUUUUUUUAAAUAGUCUUAAGCUCUAAGAUGGUCUCAGUAUUGCAAUAUUGUGUGUGUUUGUUUCUGUUAUGCCAGCAGAGAGUUUUAUCACAGUGAGGAAAAAAAAAAAAAUUUAAAAAAAAAAAAAAAAAAAAAAAAAGAAUUUAUGUAGACCCCACUGGAGAUGUGUAGCACUACGACUCGGCGUCUCCGAAUCGUAAGUGAAGGAAAAUUAACUCCAAGCUGGCUCCUAGUAACCCUGGCUGGGUGUGCCGCUCUUGCUUCCAGUCCCACACGCUUUGCUCCGCCAUUUGCUGAUAAAGCUGGUUGAAAUUUCUGCUUUGGUUGUGGUUAAAAAAGGAGCCUUUUUGUACGGCUGCGUUUUGUGCAAGAAACCUACCAAGGUUUGCGGGGAAAAUGUCUUUUUUGCGUUUUCCAAAUGACUUUUUUGCUCAAGGAACACUUUGGUGCUUUCAGAAAAUUUGGAGGGUUGUUUUUUUUUUUGUUGUUGUUUUUUUGGUUUUUUGAGGGGGAAAAGGGAGAAAUUCUUGUUCUGAAUGUGGUAAAUGGAAAUUAUAGAAGUGGAUUGGGGGGAGAAAAUCAGGAAAAAGUUGAAAAGCCAAAGGGAAAUGUUUUUUCCUUCCUGUUUCGACCAGCUCUAUCUUUAUUGCUGUAUGUCUAAACCACUCUGGGCACACGCAGAAAGGAAAUUGUCCUUGCAAAUGGGUUCUUUACUGCUCUUUGUAAGCCUGAUCCUGCCAACCCUGGCAGGGUGUGAUUAACAUGAAGCAUACGACCGGUGUCGCUGGGGUAAACGAGAGGUCUCGUGUGCUUGCCCCAGAUGGUUGCAGGAUCAGUCCCGGGGCUGCUCCGUCUGUCCUCCAAACUUUUUGCAACUGGUUUGCGUUCAGAGAGGGGUAAAUCCCGCGGCACCGAGCACUUCCCGGGAUGCUCUGAGAGUCCGAGGGUCGGGCGGUGAGCGUUCCCACACCCAGCUCCGACCCCGAAGCCGGAUCCGCGCGGAUCCCACUGCCAAACGGGGCCUCUCACCCCAGGGAGCCGCUGGGCUUUCUCUUUCUAAAGACAGUAUUAUGUGUUUGAACCAAAAGUACCUUCUUUUUGUGUCGUUUGUCUGUCCGCCUGUGUGUUUUAGGUAAUCGUGUUCAUUACAGAGGCACUGUGGGACAGCAGUGGGGGGCAUCUGCUCGCCGGGCCACGCCUGCCUGAUACAGGCUGAUGUAUCGGGUCGGCAGGGCAGGACUCUGCGUGCAAAGAGCCAAAAUAUUCAGGCACAUACCCCCCCCGCCCCCUCCUCCCGUGCAGCGGCAGUGCUGGAUGGGGAGCUCGGCCCCUGGGCAAGGGGAUGCUCCGAGGUUUUCCUCCGGGCCUGGGGGGCACCCAGCACCUCUGUAUCCCCAAUUGGUCAUUUGGGGGCAAGUCGACCCCGAAACUGCCGCGUGCUUAAAAAAAAAAGGUGGUGGUGGAGAGGAAAUGAGUGGGCCAAGAGGGAGCUCCAGCCAAGGGGGAUGGACGCAGAAGGUGGUUUAGGUAGGGGGGGGGUUCUUAGCUGUGCUGUUCGCUCACGGGGGCUGCGCACCAUCCCACUGAGCGUACGGAGGGAAAAUGGACGGGAGGGAAGGCAAAGGGGGCGAAAGGGAGGUUGAAAGGAGCAUGCACCAAAGGGGGAGAGGGGUGCUGCCCCUUGGGAGGUUAAACCUCAGCUCGUCUCCUCGAGCAGCCAAGGAGGAUGGGAGAAAGCAUCUCGGCCGAGCUGGGGAGAGGAGAGGAAAACAAGAUACGGGGGAUGAGGCGCCGGGGCAGAGCUCGGCCGCGGGGUCCAGGCUCGCCGCAGGCGCUGAGCUGGCCGAAAAGGGAGUCAGGCAAGAGGUGAGAGCGCGGAAGCGUGCAGGGGAGGAGUAGUUAAAGAGCAUCCCAACGGGACGUACCGUAGGGGUUGGAUUGUCAGCAAUCAGGUGGGUUUUCGCAGGCGUUCCGGGGUUGCUGCCUUUGCACGCAGCUGCGGGGGUGCCCUUAGCUUACCCUUCACGGGCCACUGCUAGCGGUGCUUUGAAAAAUCCCCCUUACACCCUUAGAAAAGGCGCCCUCCCUCCCGCCCUCGGCACCGCGCCGUGUCCCAGGACACGUCUCCUGCUUUGCUCGGAUGCUCCACUGCAGCUGAAGUGCCUUUUUCAAGCGGAAAACAGGGAUAAAAUUUCCCUCCGACAGAAGGAACCGCAGGUUCGGGUGCCAGCCCCAUCCUUCUGCCAGGCUAAAUCCCUUGUCUGCUCCACCGGGUUUAUUUUUUCCAGGUUUCCAAGCUGAACCUGUGCGUUCCCAGUGACUUUGGGGAGGUGGUUUAAAGGUGAGAAAGGGCGAGUCAUGAAAAGCAGCUCUUUUUUUUUGGAAGUAGCCCCUGGCUGGCGCUUCGCCAUCGUUUCUCCCGGCUGUUUGCCAUCCCAGCUCGCAGCCUUUGUGUGGGUGCAGCAGGAAAAGGGCAGUACAAUCCUAGGGACAGCAGGUUCAUCAUUUUCUAUUUUCCUCUUAUUUUUCAUUCCUAGUCUAGAGACCAUCCCGGAGAGGGCUGUGUGCUGUUUAUACACUGGAAAUUUGCAGAUUUGUUUUUGUUCCUUUUUUUUUUUUUUUGGAUUUUGAUUUUUUUUUUUUUUACUUCUUUCUGCUUUGUAAUUGCAUGUUGACUUUUGGCGAGGGAUGUGCUGGAACCCAAACCCUCUGACCCGUUCUUUGAAGCCACGAAAAUUUGGUUAACCCCACUCACACGUGCUGGGCCAGGAGGAUGGGUUAGAGAGGGAUGGUGGAGAUCUGCCUGGGGUGGGACUCGCUCCUGUGCUGGUUUCUCUGCACGGGGACAAGCUUCACCCUCGGCGGGUACACAUGGCUCUUAGAAAUUGGGUAAUUUUGUCAUGUUUUGGAAUGUCUCAGGUGCUUUUGGUGAUUUUUUUUUUUUUUUUUAAUAUUUUCUGUGUCCUGCUUGUGAUCUGCUGUUCUCUGCGUGGGGGCACGUCCCCCUUGCCUCUCCUCCCCGGCAGAGCCUGAGCCCUACCUUGGGAGCGAUGCGCUUGCAAACAGCUUUCUGGGGGCUCAGCAGUCGAUAUUUGGGACCUCAGUAAAAGAUAAAAACCAAAAACCUGUUGGAAAAUGCAAGUGCUUUCUCUGCUGCCCGUCUCUCCCUUUGUGUGUAGGAUGACCGUGACCCUUGGGCACUCGUGUGUGUGCAGGUGUAGCUCCAUUUAAUUUCCACUCUACCACCGUCCCGCUCCAGAUGUCAUCAUUUGGGUGGAGAAAUACCCAAAGAGGGCAAGAAAUAAAAGAUACUGUAUGAUUUUAACCUUCUCACAUCUUUCCAAACCAACACCUCCCCCCAAAAAGGUCCCAGUAAGCACCAGUAAAUUCAGAUGCUGCAGGAAACAUCCCCAUCUUCCGUCUCUUGCUCUUCUGGAGAGGUUUUCUGUGAGGCUUUAGGGCUUGGUUGCUUUGUUCCUCAUUAACGUCACGAAAUUUGGAUGCCUUGGCGUGCUCUGCUCUCUGGUAGGGUCUAUAUAACAUCCGUGAGCUGUUGUCUACAUUCCAAAGAGGUUUAAAUAAAUGAUAAAUCUAUGUAUACAUAUAUGUUAUAAUGGAAUAUCUCCAGGAAUUAACUGCCUCAGUAAAAAAAAAAAAAAAAAAAAAAAAGUCUUUUUUUUUCUUUUUGUUUUUACACAUGGGAUUUUUUUUUUUAAGCUGAUAAACAUAGAAGAAGAAAAAAAAAAGAGAGAUUGUUAUAUUGUGCUGUUUGACUAUUUUCCAACUUGUAUUUUCAUAUAAUUUAUAUUUUUUAAAAGUGGAAAAAAAUUUUAAAAGCGAGAUUAAAAAAAAAAAAAGGAAAAAGCAGGUGCUUUUUAAAAAAACUGAGCUGAGGUAGCUUAGAGAUGUAGCGAUGUGUGUGUGUGUCCGUGUGUUGUGUUUUGUUUUGUUUUGUUUUGUUUUUAAAAGAUACAAAAAAAAAAAAAAUCCCUCCUACAUUGAAUUCUUAAAGGAGGGGAUUGGUUUGGUUUUAAUUGCUGAUGCUGGCACAUCAUUUUGCUGGAGAGUUUUUUAUAUACUGUAGCCUUAUUUCAUAUCGUAUUUUAAACCAUGUGAAAUUAAAAGAAGAGUAAUUCCUAA